UCUUGUUUGCUUUAGAAUAUCCUUAAUACCAUAUAUUGUAGGAUUGGGAUUUGGACCAGUUUCCUAUUAAGGAGUUGAUUUUCUAGUUUCCAAAAGUAGGAUGGAGUAGAUAAACUCUACAAAAGGGAGACGGAACUCUUCAGUUUUCUCGUCCAUUGUCAUGCUCCUUAGAUGGUGCUGCUUCGAUUUGCUGGAAAGAGGUGACGUGGUUAGGGAAAGCUCUUCCUUCAACAGAGAGGGUCUCCUUCUUGGAGACGGAAACCCAGCGAAGAACAGUUCUCAGCGUCGAUCCAGAGAAAUCAGCGAGGGCUGGACUGCAACAGAGGAACGGGCCGACAAGAGGAAGGAGGACGAAAUCCAAGGGGCCGGUGGCGUCGAGGGAAGUGUCGACCUGCGGGAGAUCUUCGAACGAGAUGCUGGUUUUCCACCACUUGAUGUUGCUUGGAUAAUGUCUGCGCCUACUAAGUUAUGGCCUCUCAACUAUGAUGAAGGAAAUGCUUAUGAAAACAGAUGCAAGGAAGAAAAUACUCUUGUCAUAGUGGAAAGUACCAUCCCAACGAACAGAAACAUAGUGGAAGUGGAGAUAAAAUGUGAAGGAGGAAACACUCAUGCUAUGGUGAAAAAUAUUGUCCCCACAAUCACAAACACGAUGGAAGAGGUAAUAACUAUGCAACAAUUAAAUUGCUCUUGGGCUGAUCUACCACAAGAACUUCUAAGUUUGAUCCAAUCACAUCUCUUUGUUGGUGAUCGUGUUUGCUUUCGUGCUGUCUGUAGAAAGUGGAGAUGUUCACAGGCUCCACUUCUACUGGACUCAAUGGAUUACUUGAUGAUGACUUCUUCUCCAUGCCUUAUAUUCUCUGCUAUGAAUAACUGCAAUAUUAACUUGUUCUACCCAAUGUAUAACUUCACUUAUACCUUGAAACUGAAGGAAGAAUUGUAUGGUGUAGAGAUUUGCUUUGCUAAGGAUGGUUGGUUGUUGUUGGUUUGAGGUGAUCACAACAUGUUUUUCUUGAAUCCUUUCACAAGUGCUAGGAUUGAAAUUACCUAUUUCCCCCUCGGGUUUAAUUUUGAUGCCGUUUGCUUCACCUCUACACCAACUUCAUCAUAUUGUACAGUUUUUGGCAUCGUUUCAUCGGAAGACUAUGAGGUUAAUAUUUUCAUCAAUCGCUCUAGAGAAGAGACCUGGGAAAUUUACACUUUAGACAAUAAGACGAGAUGUUGUGGUUA